UUUGAUCGUUUCAGCAAGUAAAAAACAGCUGGCUUUGCUCGUUUCGUUCGUAGUUUACUCGCAGCUUCUAUCCUAUUAGAACGUGUAUUGGCUGUGUGACGAUCUCAUUCCAACCAGAUUCACUUGGCGCACAAGGAAAAAACAGGGUGUUUUACAAUGAGCACUUCAAUACCCGUGGAGAAGAUUGUCUACCAUCGAUUAGAUCAGCCCCCGGAACAAGCCGCGGUCAUUCAUUUAGCUAAAAUGUUGCGCGUUUGCGGUAUUCUGCUCGCUUGUCUGCUAAUACUGACAGUAUUUGGCGCAAUAGAGUCGCGAAGCCCUCCAGACUCGUCCAUGGUGUUCCUGCCAGCUCGAGACGGAAACCAGCUGGACAGCAAUGACAUUGAAGAGAGGGGUGGACCUCCACCGCAUACCGAACACGCCAAGAUGGCGCGUUAUCUGGUACACAAAGCCGAGUGGGUAUCCAUGGGAUCCCUUUCCACGGUCGAUGCCAUCAAAGGCUACCCGAUGGUGAACAUCAUCGCUGCAGCUGACAGCGCACGGGGCGAGAAAUCCAGCGGAACGCUAUACUUCUAUCUCACGAUGCUGGACUACACCGCCCAGGAUCUGAGCAAGGACAACCGACUGACGAUUUUGCUGUCAAUGGAUCAGGAUCUCGAAUGCAGCAAGCAAGGCAUUGACCCGAUGGAGCCUACCUGUGCUCGAAUUAUGAUUUCCGGCCGGGCUGUCAAGGUCGUGGAGGGCAGCGAUGAGUACCAGUUUGGAACCAACGCCAUGUUCAGCCGACAUCCGGCCGCGAAACAUUGGCUGGAUACCCAUAACUUUUUCCUAUGUAAACUGGACAUUAUUCAAAUAGCUGUACUUGAUUACUAUGGUGGACCGCACUACGUAACGGUUGAGGAAUAUAUGAAGGCUGAUCCCGAUUCCACCUCGCUCACGUUAAGCCCGCGUGAAGAUCCUUUUGCGCCGGAGGUUCGGAAGCAUUCGGACGAUGAGCGAACCAUCACGGUUAAAAUUAACAAAAACUCUCCGGUUAGACACAUCAAUCUGGAGGUAUAAAACUCAAUGUAGAACAAUACACUCGUUUGUGCCAAAAAAUAUGCUUAAUGCUGACGAACUGAUUAGGGAUAGCAGACAAUAAAAGUUGACUGGUUUGAAUAACCUAAUUACAGUGCGUACAGAAGCUUUUACCAUGGUAACAUUUACCUUCGGGUGUGCAACAACUGUCUGUGGAAGCAUAGAAUUGAUUGGAAAUCACCCACGCUGCUCGAUGGAUAGAGCAGUUCGAAGGAAAAAAUAGCGAAUAACAAUAAUCGCUGUUGGCGGCAGGGCAAUCGAGAAACUGUUCGUACGCGCCAUCAUCGUUGUAGCGCUAAACCAGUGCAAUGGCACUAGAUGAUUGCAUUAGGUUGGGAUACGAUUGCCGUCUUGCCCGGGUUGUGUCUCCGUGCAAGCCAGGAUGUCAGCAGCAGCAAUCCGGCGUUCGAGAGUUUCGUUCGAAAUUGAAUUUAAUUUUCCAAUUUUCCAAAGUGGAUUUAUUUUUUUUUUAUUUUUUUUUUUUCAUUUUAGUUGCAUAUAACUGCAUUUUGUGCAGCACUUCAUUGCUUAGUAGGUACGCAGUUUACAAUGUCGAGUCCACGCGAUAGUGGAAAAGAAAGAAACAUAUCAUGGCAGAAAGUUAUCUUGAUAAAUGCGAUAAACGAGACGACUGCAUUGAUUCUACCAAACUCACUUUCGCAAUAUGCGAUCUGUCUAAUACUCUGGAGAUAUCUGCCAAUUGACUUAGUAAUCCAAUGACUGGAAUAAGAAAAGAAGUAAUGCUACUCAAUUCUUUUAGUUGGUCUACUGGUCGAUAUUUGCUUUAUUCAAAGUUAUAGCAAGUUUAUGUUUUUGGUUUCAUGAAACGGAGCGACUAACAGCGGGGUGAACAGAAACAAAACUUCUUUUUAUCAUAUUUUUUUCUGAGACAUGAUUAAGUGAACUAGUUACAUAAUAUAUUUAUAUUCGUCAGUCUA